AUGACCAAAGUACUUUCGGAGAUCGACGCGGCUGCCGAACGCGAAGUACUUGUUGAAGAGGAGCUGCGGAUUCUGCUCGCCCGUAUGAACACCAUACAUGGCCAACUUAACGAAACGGACGCUGUCAUCGAGCCACUGUGGACAGAUGGGGAAGCGGGACAGGAGUACACGCGGACUAUCGAGUAUAACGACCGUGUCGUCGCUUGUUCCGCUCACAUGAGGUUCAAGAUUACCAUCGCAAGUGCAGACAAUGCCAGGACCUCCUAUCGACCAAGCGACAGCGGCAACGGGUCCUCUGGGUCAUCUGUGAAAGUGAAGCUCCCCAAGCUGGAGGUUUUGCGUCUCAACGGAGAUAGCAUACAGUGGCAGCCCUUCUGGGAGCAGCUUGAACAGGUGGUCCACAAUAACCGAGAAUUAUCGCCGACUGACAAGUUCAACUACUUGAGAGCUGCUCUCUCUGAAGAAGCCACUGCGGCGAUUGCAGGACUCCCAGCGACAGCGAGCUGCUACGAGGACGCUUGGGACAUCCUCAAAACCCGGUUCGGUGACGAAAAAUGGUUGAUCGUCGAUUACAUGAUUAGGCUAUUGGAAAGACAGCGGAUUCAAUCAUCGCUUGAUGUCCGAGGGCUCAGGCGACUGCACGACGACCUACAAGGAAACAUCCGUGGGCUCAAGUCUCUGGGGUAA